AUGCUGCCGGAGCGGACCCUGCGGCUGCAGUACGGGAGCCGCAUCGAGGCGGUCUGCGUGCUGGGCACGCAGCUGUGCACCGAUGUCUUCAGUGCGGCUCCAGCUGAGGCCCGGACCUUUGGCCUGAAGUACACAGCCGGGGUGCGGGUGGACGUGGUGAAAAAUGGGCAGGCGGAAGAGACAACUAGAAAUGGCAAACGGCGCUGGGCCAUCUCCUCGGACACCACCCUGAGCCUCAGCAUGAACCAAGCCAGCGCCGAGGCCAGUGACCAUAAGGUCACUGUCAGCUACUUCGGGGAGGAAGGGAACUUGCCAAUCGACCAGGCCGGGGUCUUCCUCACUGCCAUCGAGAUCUCUCUGGACGUGGAUGCAGACCGUGAUGGCGUAGUGGAGAAGAACAACCCCAGGAAGGGUUCUUGGACCUGGGGCCCUGAUGGACAGGGGGCCAUCCUGCUGGUGAACUGUGACCGGGAGACCCCCUGGCUGCCAGAGGGGGACAGCGCCGACGAGAAGAUCUAUAGCAAGGAAGAUCUGAACGACAUGUCCCGGAUGAUACUAAGGACGCGUGGCCCUGAUAGGCUCCCGUUUGGCUACGAGAUGGUCCUCUACAUCUCCAUGUCAGACUCCGACAAAGUUGGCGUGUUCUACGUGGACAACCCAUUUUUCGGUCAGCGAUACAUCCACAUCCUGGGCCGCCGGAAGCUCUACCACGUGGUAAAGUACGCCGGUGGCUCCGCUGAGAUGGAGUUCUUCGUGGAGGGCCUGCGUUUCCCGGAUGAAAGCUUCUCUGGCCUGGUCUCCAUCCACAUUAGCCUGCUGGAGCGUCUGAUUGAGGGUGUUCCUCGGACCCCCAUCUUCACAGACACUGUGACCUUCCGAGUGGCUCCGUGGAUCAUGACCCCCAACACCCUGCCUCCCGUGGAUGUGUUUGUCUGCAACGUGAAGGAUAACUACCUGUUCCUGAAGGAGCUGAAGAGUCUGGUGGAGAAAGCUCGCUGCAACCUAAAGGUCUGCUUCCGGUAUAUGAACCGUGGGGACCGCUGGAUGCAGGAUGAGAUUGAGUUUGGCUACAUCCAUGCUCCUCACAAAAUCUUCCCAGUGGUGCUGGAUUCCCCCAGAGAUGGAGACUUGAAAGACUUCCCGGUGAAAGAGCUCUUGGGCCCAGACUUCGGCUACGUGACCCGAGAGCCCCUGUUUGAGAAAGUCACCAGCCUGGACUCCUUUGGGAACCUGGAAGUCAGCCCUCCGGUGAAGGUGAACGGGAAGGAGUACCCCCUCGGCAGGAUCCUCAUCGGCAGCAGCUUCCCCAUGGCUGCUGGAAGGAGGAUGACCAAGGUGGUGCGAGACUUCCUAUGUGCCCAGCAAGUGCAGGCCCCCAUUGAGCUGUACUCGGAUUGGCUGGUCGUCGGCCACGUGGACGAGUUCAUGACUUUCAUCCCCAUCCCGGGCAAGAAGGAAUUCCGAAUGGUCAUGGCCAGCACUUCUGCCUGCUACAAGCUCUUCCGGGAGAAGCAGAAGGAGGGCCACGGUGAAGCGGUCAUGUUCAAAGGCUUCAGUGGUGUGAACACCAAGCGGAUCACCAUCAACAAGGUCCUGUCCAACGAGAACCUGAUACAGCAGAACCUGUACGUCCAGCGCUGCCUGGACUGGAACCGGGACAUCCUGAAGAAGGAGCUGGGACUGACGGAGCGUGACAUCAUCGAUCUUCCGGCCCUAUUCGUAGUGAACGAGCAGGGCCAGGCCCUGGCUUACUUCCCCAACAUGGUGAAUAUGAUCGUGCUGCAGAAGGACCUGGGCAUCCCCAAGCCCUUCGGGCCCAUGAUCGAGGAACAGUGCUGCCUGGAGGCACACGCCCGAGCCCUCCUGGAACCGCUGGGCCUGUCCUGCACCUUCAUCGAUGACAUCUUCUCCUAUCACAAGUACAUGGGCGAGGUCCACUGCGGCACCAACGUGCGCCGUGAGCCCUUCCCCUUCAAGUGGUGGCACAUGGAGCCAUGACCCCUCCCCCGGCGGGCUGGAGCUGCCCCUCCUCACCCCCUGCCCCCAGAGCAGAUCCCUGCGGGGAGGCCACUUUUCCCUGUUGGCAUUUGCAGGGGAUGGGGUGGGACCCGAGGAGGGUCGCCUGUGAUAGAUGUUCCCCAAAGACCAGGAGGGUCCCAGAGAAAUCCAGCCUCAAAGGGGCUUGUGCCCAACCACCUGUCUCCCCCAUCCCAAAGAAUCACCCAGGUCACCUCCCGCUCCAACAGAUCUCCAAGUUCCUGAGCAAUAAUUCCCAACCAGAUUACCUGUCAGUGGGAGCCCCUGUCCCCGCCCCAACUUCUGACGCUCCAUCUCUGCCACCCGCAUUCGCUCCCUAUUGCAAAGGCCUCCCCAUUGUGGCCCGGCUGGGUCCACAUUCCUGAACGAGCAGAGUUGGCAUGUUCCUCUGGCCACUCCAUCAGCAGCAGGGAUCUGCCCACUGUGGCAUCCCAAUUGCCAGUAUGCUUUGCUGGCCCCAGGACCUCUGGGCAUUGGGCAUUUAGCAUCCUCAGCUGAGGUGUCCUGGCUCAAGAAUCAGCCUAUCACACAAGGCUGAAUGCUACUGGGCCUCCUGGGGUCCUGAUCUGGGGUUAUUCCAGGCCACUAGAGCCAAAAGAUCCUACAGCUGGAAGGGGACCUGUGGGGGGAAUCAUGUGGUCCAGCCCCUGCCUCCAAGCAAUUGAAUGGUCAUCGUAAUCAGGAAAAAUGGUUCCUUUUAAAAUAAUAAUAAUAAUCAGGGACAAAGACCCAAGAACCUCUCUUGGCACCCUGUCCUAGUAUCCUAAUCCCUUUGUCUAGGAAGCUUCUCCUUACUGAGCCAGGUCCUGGGAGAGUUCUGUUCUAGAAUCAACUAGGAUCCAGAAAGUUUCUGUCUAAGUAUCGCAGAGCAGAGGAGAGGGCAGGAUGGUUAUUAAUAGAACCCCAGCAAGAGACUGAGAAGACACUCCAUUGGAAGGUCUAUUCAAGGAACACCAGCCCUCUGCCUGAGGAUCUGAUAACAUUUCUCUUAGAGAGACACCAGUCUGGUUGAAAGACACCCCACCAUGAGCUCCCACCACACCCCACAAUGAGGCCUGUUGGUCUUUCUAUCAGAGAACAGCCUGGGAUGGAUCCUUGGAUCUCUCUUGGUAGGGGAGCCAGGGAGACACCUCAGGGCUGUAGGGGCUAAAGGGGAAGUAACUGGCCCAAACUGGCCCAUCUCUGUCAGCCUGCCUGACCUGCUUUCUGCUUCCGCACCCUGAUUGGGCUGUGUGCUAUAAGACUUUGCACCCACCCGCCUUCUGGCCCAGCUCCUGUUCAGGCAAGGUUCUCAUGGCCAGCCUUAGAGAGGGUGGAUUCCAAACCAGCCUGAUCUGGUUCUAAGGACACAGCCUUCCUCCCAACUCCCGGGCAGCUCCCUGGCUUUUCCCUUCUUUCCAGCCUCUUGUCCCGGCCCUCAUUUUUCCAACUCACAGGGGUGGGAUUUGACUCCAUUUACAGCUCCUAAGCCUCACUGGAGGCUGGCCCAGCCCCACACCUCAUAGAGAAUUUAACAGGUAAUCAGCCUGGCUUUCCCAAGCUGUCAGCUACUGGUUCCCUGGCACGGAGGGCUGACCUGUGACUUGCCUAGUAAAAUCAGAGGGAGAGAUGGAGAAUACAGAGCAGGGUCAUUUUCUCAACUCCACAAACCCUGAACGGAUUAUCCCCCAUCCAAAACACUCUCCCUUCAUCCCCGGGAGUCUCUCAUUGACUCUGAAGGACCUUGCUGAUUAUUCAGAGAUGAUGAUGAGCAUAGUGAUGAUUCAACCCUCUCUGGUGUUAGAGACCAAUAGCAAAAACAGGCUUGGGAGCCAACAGUAAGAUGUGGCAGAAUUCUGCACCUAGAUCACUUUCUGGCACUGUCCACGUUCCUGCCAAUCUGCAUGAUUAAUGUGAUAAUCCUAACACUCCUGCAGCAUCACACCUAAAAAAUGGCUUGGGGCAAAAGGAAAUGAUUUAGUUUGGAAAGAGAAUUCCAUUACAGAAAGAUCCUGCUGGGUGGCAUGAGAAUGCAAGUUUUUCAUUCCACCUGGAAGGACGCAGUUUAUUUUGAGGGAAAUUGUGGCUGGAGUUUUCGGGUCUGGAGAGGAUUCUGACUUUCUUCCCUCCCCUCUGUCCCCAAAUCCCACGCUGCCUGUGUUACCCCUGCAACUGAAGGGUGUGUGUGUGUGUGUGUGUGUGUGUUUUCGAAGAACGUGACCCUUCUGUGAUAGGAUCAUUUAUAUGUAUCUGGGCAGAGAGACCCACUUCAACUCCAUUUCACAUUCAGUAGGGAGCAUCCUUCGAAAGCAAAGGCAUCUGAGGCUCCGGAACCAAGGUGCCUGCCAAAAUCCAAAAUAGCCAAAGGGGUCUGGGAACUCUGGCUCUUCAGUUCUUCCUCAGGUUCUCACCUUCCUGCCUAUGCAUGCCAAGUGCCUGUUAGAGGGUGUUAGUCUAUGGGGAAGACCUUCUCGUGGAGGUGUGUUUUUCUCUUUCUUUACUGCUUUAAGGAGAUGCUAAGUUUUUGGAGUGCAAAAUCGGUUUACCUGUGGAUUUUUCUGAGGUUUUUGCAGCCAAAGUCAACUGUUUGACAUGAUUCUUGCCAACAAUUAAGCCUGUCAUCUUCCAACCUAUUUAGAAACAUGAGGGCCAAGACAUCUGUGGAAGCAAGGAGUGUGGCAGGUCACUGUGUUCUGGACUAAUCGGCUAGUUCUUAGUGUUGGCGGGGAUGAGACUGUGUGUGGCAACUAAAGCCAGUUCCUCUUCCUGUUUUUUCUUGAAAUGAUUUGGUCACUGGUGGCUUUGAAUUCAAUGAGCCACAGUUGAUUUUUUGACUCUUUUGGUAAAAUGAAGUAUGGGCAGCAGCAAUCCUGAGGGCCCUUAGGAGUUGGUUUGCGUGAGCCUAAUGCUGCUUACAGCACUGCUGACUAAAAGAAAAUAAAAUGCUAUUGUGAAAUUGAGGGGUAGUUGUCA